AUCAUGGCGGCAGCUCUGAGGGCUCUAUGACAGUGAGGGGCGUGGCUUUUUCACCGCGCGUUGUGAUUGGCUGCACUUUGUAUGAGUGGGAACGCCCUUCACCCUCUCACACGUUGAUUGGUCGGCAAGAGCGGAGGGGAGCGGCGAUUGGUCAGCUGGGCUUAAACCGUGUGGGCGCGGGCGCUGAUUGGUCUCCGCUGCUCGGGUGGGCGGAGCGAGGCGGGAGAGCGGGAAGACGCGGCGGCGAUGGCGGCGCGGCUGGAGCGCGCGAGGGGGGCGCUGGCAGCGCUCGAGGCUGCCCUGGCCUUGGAGGAGGAGGAGGGUGAUGUCCCCACCCGGAUCCUGGUGGAGCAUCAAAUGGACACCCGGCGGAAGCAGAAGCUGCUCCUGUCCCAGCUCCGGGUGCUGAAGCUGCUCCUGGGGGUCAUCGAGAACCCGGGGCUGCUCCCGUCCCCCACCAACCUGCGCGAGGCGGCGGCGCAGGCUCGGAGGCGCUGGCGGGAGCUGAAGGCGAGGUACGGGGAGGCCCUGGGGGUCCUGGGGGAGGCUGUGCCCCCCGCCCUGGCCCAGCUGCACCGGGGCCAGCAGCUGCUGCAGCGCGAGAGGACAGCCCUGGGGGCACGGCUGAAACAGCAAGAAGAGCUGAAGGUGAAGGUGUGUGAGGCCACAGAGAGACGGGACCAGCUGCUCCGGCGGGUUCAGGAGCGGCGCCUGCAGCGGCGCGGCCGGCAGGAGGCCCUGCAGGGACUGAGGGGGACAGCGGCCAGGGUGGGGGCCUCGUGCCACCUGUACCAGGCCCUGGCGGGGGUCCAGGUGCUGCCCCCCUCCCCAGGGGCCCCCGAUUUGGAGCUGGAGCUGGGAUCCCCUCCCGGCUCCUCCCAUUCUCUGCCCCCCCUUCACCUGUGCCUCACCCCCGGUGGGGAGGUCCGACUGCAGGACCCCCCCCUGGGGCUGCCCCCUCCCCUGGGCCCGGGGCUGCUGGAGCUGCAGCAGCGCUGCUGGGAGAGCUGGAGCCUCUGGGCAGAGGUGACACACCUGAGAAACAGGUUCGCCCUGGACUGGCAGCCGGAGUUGGGGCUCCUGCAGGUCCUGGGGGGCCCCCGGGAUGCCCAGACCCUCUGGACGCUGCAGCUGGAGCCGGGGUACCCCCAGAGCGGUGGGGUGCGACUGCUGCCCCCACCAAAGGGGGCCCCCCCCAUCCCUGCACCCCCAGACCCCCCCACUCUGACACGGUGGCUGGAGCUGCUGGUGGGGGGGGGUCUCUGAAAAAGGGGGAUCCCCCUCUCCCCCCCCCCCCCAUAAAAAACCCCACUGCACCCCAAUAAACUCACGGCCUCCCCUUCUCCAGC